GACUGGACGUGAUUUGUGUGCAAAUGCUUUAUAUGUUGACAGUAUUUAUGAGUAUUGAUACAAAUAUGAAGUAAUAAAAUGUCAGCUGUUUUUGCCAUCAAUUGUCUUAUAUCUGCCACCAAUUGUCUUAUAUCUGUGAACCACUGAUCGCAUCAUCACCACAAACACAUCCACGAAUGAAAGGUAAGGGCAAGAAGGAGAAGGACGGCGACUCCGACGACAACUCCUGUCCCCUCCAGUUCCUCGACUUCCAAGUCUUGGAUCCCAGCAAACAAUGUCCACGAUUUACAUCUGUUGUUCAGCGAAGUGAAGACGAGAGCGGCAUUGGGGCCGAAGAUAUGGAUGUCUUGCAGCUCGAAUUGGAGUCACUCCUGGUAUCUGUGGUCCAGAGGCAGCGACUUCUGGAGACGGAAAUGGAGUCAUUGACCAAUUGGUGUGACUCUAAGAAUAGAGACAAACGAUCGCCACAUAAACCGAGUGAAGUAUUGGGAAAGAGAAGCAAACAUUCAGAUGAGAAGCCGUCUAAAAAAUUCAAAGACAACCACUCGAACAGCACUAAUAGCGGCAAAUCGAGACCACAAAAGGCCAAAAACAUACCCAUCAAGAAUACGGAAACUGAAUAUUCAGAGCCGCAACAGAAGGCAAUAUCGAAAGCGAUUGCCAUCAAGAAUGACAUUCCCAACCAAUUCUGGAAUUUCAUUGAACCGUAUUGUUGUGAAAUCACUUCAGACCACAUCAAAUUUUUGAACGAAGAACUCAAAUCAUACGACAGUGACUCUGAUUUCUAUAAAAUCCCAAAUUUGGGUAAACAUUAUUCACUGAAAUGGGACGACAAUGACAUUAUGGAUCAAAAAGAUAAAAAGAAAGGCUUAAGUGCUUCCAAUUGUUCGCCGCGUUCUUCACUCAUCCAGACGUCCAACAAACCUAAGAAGGGGUCAAAGAAUCAGUCGGAACCGGAUAAGACAUCUUUCGGUGCUUUGACUCAACGCCUCGUCUCAUGUCUUAUAGAAGAGAAUCUUCUAAACGGCGGUCUAAUGGACCCGAAAUCCAAUGGCAAUGACAACAACAACAUGAAAGGCCCGUCCAAUGGGAGUCCAAACCAUAAAGUGUUUAAAUCUCUGAAUUUGGGAAAUACGGCAAAACUCGAGAAACGAAUUCGAAAAGAACUGGAAGAACACGGAAUCAUAAGUCUGGACGACAUUCUCAACGGUUCGGACACCAGUGCUGGCGAUGAGGACGAGAUACUACAAGAACUGAAGCGCUCUCAACAAGAGUUGAAGAGUUUGAGUGACAAAAAUCACUCACAAAUCAAACGACUUUUAAGUGCAGCCAAAAAAGAAAUCACUCGUCAGGACGUGUCCAAGAAGUUAGAGAUGGCCGACACGGAAGUGAUCGAAGCCUACCGACGCAUCCUCGCCGCCAAACAGAAGAAACGCUCGCCGACUAAGAAGGAAAGGGAGGGUGCCUUCAAAGCACUCAAAGACAGGGAACAGAUUCUCAAACAAUUACAAUGUCUUUCAUAGCAUUCUAU